AUGGAUGAAACCUGGGAUACCACUCCAGCAGAAGCUGCAGUGGUGGGUACCAAUGGCGAAGCUUAUCGUCCGCGCGGGUAUCAACUCGAAAUGCUGGAGGCCAGUCUACAGCAGAAUAUUAUUGUGGCCUUGCGUAUUGAGCUUUUACUUACAUGUAUUGAGCAGCUCGUGUGGUUCCUGGCGCCAACAGUAGCCUUAUGUGUGCAACAACAUGAGGUCAUUUCAUCCCAGAUCCCAGCGGUGAAAACCCGUACCCUUACUGGAAUGGAUAAUGUUGAUCGCUGGACAGAGCAGUCCGUCUGGGAUAAAGUUCUAGAAGAUGUGCGAGUCGUGGUAUCAACUCAUGCGGUCCUUUCGGAUGCAUUGAACCAUGGGUUUGUUCGCAUUUCAGGUUUAUCGCUACUCGUCUUUGAUGAAGCCCAUCAUUGUAUGCGUCGCCAUCCAGCAAAUAAGAUCAUGCAAUAUCACUACCAUCCAACUAAGGAGAAGCUCGGUCCAAAAUCUGUCCCUCGAAUUUUAGGCUUAACUGCAAGUCCUAUUGUCCGAUCUAGUCGACAAGAGCUUGAAACAGAACUCAUUUUUCACGUCCAUCGUCCACACUUGGAACGUAUUCAGUAUCCAGCGUAUGAUCCUGAGCAGCAAGGCGCUGGCAGCCGACUGCUUACGCGAUUGUUUUCUUGCAUUCGAUCGUAUGAUAUGAGAUAUGACCCAUAUAUAGAAAUGCUUAGAAAACGGCCUGAAACAGAGGAGCAAGCCGAUAAGGCCACAGUGUCUGGCAAAACAUUUUGUCUAGAACAGCUAACUAAGUUCCGCGAGCAAUGCAUACACAUCUAUGAAGAACUUGGUGGUUGGGCAACAGAUUAUUACAUUGAAGCUUGUACUGCCCAACUGGAACGUUCUGUUGGUAUCGUUGCUGGAAUGACCCAGUUAGCGUGUGAAGAGAAGGCCUAUGUACUGAAACUUCUUUCUGCCAUUCUUGUUGACGGCAAGACCCAUCAAACUUUCCACAUCUCUUCCAAACUGGAAACUCUUCUCUCUUUCCUUGACAAACACGACAAUCCAAAUUUUUCUGGCUUGAUCUUCGUGAAACGAAGAGCAACAGUCAGCGUUCUUUCACAAAUCCUUACCAACCAUUUAACAACCAAAGACCGAUUCCGUUGCGCUGCCUAUGUAGGCUGGUCAGGGAGUGUCAGCCGUAAAGACUCUCUCGGUGAUCUUCUCACACGUCAAGCGCAGAAGGAUACUCUUUCACUCUUCAAAUCCGGUGCCAAAAACCUCAUUGUCUCUACCGACGUUUUAGAAGAAGGACUUGACGUGAGCUCUUGCAGCCUUGUGAUUUGUUACGACAAGCCCGCCAACCUCAAGUCAUUCGUUCAAAGACGCGGACGUGCUCGACACCAAGAAUCUACUUACGUGAUCUUGACUUCAUCUGACGACGAGUUACUUGAUUUAGAGAAGUGGCAAUCAUUGGAACAAGCAAUGGUCGAAUCCUACCAGGAUGACGAACGAAAGUUACACGAUGCCUCAGGCCAAGAGGAAGCAGUUAGUGAGUGGCUGAAAGUCGAUAAGACUGGUGCCCGUCUCUCCGCUGAUGAUGCGAUUGCCCAUUUGAAUCACUUUUGUGAUACUCUUCCGACCAACAAGUUCGCCGAUAAGCAUGCCAUGUUCACCUUCCAAGAGAACUCUGAUAGGUUGAUUCAAGGCACAGUUACACUUCCAAACUCCGUUGACCCAGCUGUGCGUCGCGCUCAAGGAAAGAAGUGGUGGAAGACCGAGCGUGCAGCCCGAAAAGAAGCCGCUUUCCAAGCGUACAAGGCUCUACUGGAGCAUGGCCUGGUAAAUGACAAUCUCCUUCCACUUCUUAUUGAGGAGCAACAAAUCCCAUCAGUCAAGAAGAAGGACCACGGCGGAGUGAUUGAGGAUCUUGAAGGUCAAUAUGAUCCCUUUAAAGAUUUCGCAAAGCUUUGGGAGGCUCCCGAUCUCCAUCAAACUGAUAUCAUUUUUACCCAUAAUGGCUAUGUAUAUGAGGAUUUUUCCAUGUCACUCAUAUUGCCUUGUUUCACAAUCAUGCCAGGUCCGACCCCUAUGUACUGGAACUCAAAUACAACACUGAUUGCAUCGUUUACUACUCCGAGACGCAUUGAUCCAGUCUCACCGGAAAUGCUUCAAUUGAUGAGAGAGGUCACUGGCAUGUUCAUGCAAGGCCGCUCAUCUAACAUUCCCAAUUCUGAACGGGACUAUGUGGCGCUCUUCAUCCCAAGAAUUCCCUUUGAUGAAUUACAAGAAUGGACUUGCAGAAACGAGGGUAUCGAGUCAGCAUUGGCGUAUUACGCACGAGAGAAGACCAUUCCGCCUGCUGGGAUCAUCCGCAACACAGCCAAGUACAAUAAAACGCACCUUUUUCGAACUUGGAUUGUGUCUGAGAAUGAUGGUAAUGUACAGAUUGACAUAGAGUGUGAAGCAACCCCUCAGAGGCGUAACUUUCUCAACCCACGUACUAAGGCAGAGGCCGACGAAGAUGGUCAGCCUACUCAAGCCAAAAUCUCCAUAGUACCUGCAAAAGACUGCACUUUGGCAAGACUCCCCGCUCGCAAAGCACUCUUUGGACUUUUGAUUUCUGCUAUUCUGGAUCGCAUCGAGGUUGUCCUGGUUGCACAGAGGCUUAAGGACAGCUUCUUAAGUCCACUUAAUUUCAAGAACCUCGGACAUAUUAUCACGGCAAUCACAACCCCACUCGCCCAGGCAAGAACUGAUUACCAGGUCUAUGAGUUCUUUGGCGACUCCAUACUCAAGUUCACAGUUUCCGUCCAUCUAUUCUGGCAGAACCCGACUUGGCCAGAAGGUUAUCUCUCGUCAAAUCGUGAUAAAAUCGUCAAGAAUAAGCGCCUUGCGGAUGCAGCUCGGAGUGCUAAACUGGAAAGCUUUAUCCUGAAUAAGCGUUUCACCCCGGGGAGAUGGGAGGCGCCGCUCAUCGCUCAGAAACUGGCCAAAUCAGCUGAUAAGCAAACCCUGUCUAGCAAGGUGCUUGCUGAUAUAGUCGAGUCUCUUAUCGGCGCGGCAUUUAUGGAUGGCGGAAUGUCCAAAGCCCAGGAUUGUGUGCAACUAUUCUUACCAGAGGUGGAAUUCCUGAGUCGUCAUAUAACGAACGUGAACCUUUCGUCUACUACACGGGGCUCAAGUAAGCUGAUCGACCAGAACGUUCUUGCUAAUGCCAUUGGGUAUACUUUCAAGGACACCUCUCUUCUUACUGAAGCGCUGACGCACCCAUCUUGUGAGCACGAUGUCACUACACAGUCUUACCAGCGACUUGAGUAUCUGGGUGAUUCAGUCCUUGAUAUGGUCCUUGUCUCUAUCCUGAUUUCACACUGCGAGAAGACUCUUACUCAGGGUCAAAUGACGAUAAUCAAGCACGCUCUGGUGAACGCAAACCUCCUAGCGUAUCUUUGUAUGAGCCAUCAUGUUCCUGGAGUGGCAGUUGAUGAAAUGGAGACUGAUAAGGAAGAAGCCAAGGUAGGCUUAUCUCAGAGUGCCUCUAUUUGGCAAUUCCUUCGCUUUAACGGUCAACCUAUCACCAUUGCCAUCCAGGGCUGUAUAGCCAGAUACAAUGUCAUGCGAGACCAGAUCGCGGAAUCAAUCACGAGUGCGGAUUUCUAUCCCUGGCAACCCCUGGCCACAAUGCACCCGGAUAAAUUCAUGUCUGAUAUCGUAGAGAGCAUUCUUGGGGCAAUCUAUGUUGACUCGGAGGGUGACCUUGCAGCCUGUCAGGUCUUUCUAGAGCGGAUUGGCCUAAUUGCGUAUCUUCAACGGGUGCUCAAAGAAGGUAUCAACAUGGUGCAUCCCCGCAACGCGGCGCAGGCUCUGGUGAAGAACGAAGGGAUAAUUGCGUUUAAGAUAAAACGAGUGGAAAAUGCGGGUAGUGACGCAACUUACUCUGGCGAUCUGGUGUUCCACAAAAAUCCCACGGAGAAUCAGCCGAGGGAGGUGCAGCAUCUCCUGGAAAUUUCCGGUUGUGUAUCCGCCGAGGAGGUCGAGGUCCAGCUUUCCUACGAGUUUAUCCAACGCAAGAUGGCCUCGGCUUCUUCUUCGCAAGAGAACACCGGUGAGAAUUGA